UGUAUCUGCAAUAAGAUUGCAAGACACUUACAGUACAGGCUGCAAGUCCCUCUUCUACUCAUCAUCCUCCUCUUCUUGAUUUUCAGUAGUGAAGAUUGUAUCUGUAUUUGUUUCUCAGUAAAGACGUUUGUAAACUACAGGAAAAGGUGUGAUACAUGGGCUGUGUAUCAUCAAAGCAGUUCAAACGAGAUGCACAACAUGAGGAUCCUGCUAUUCUGGCCAAAGAGACUACAUUUUCUGUGAGUGAAGUGGAGGCCCUGUAUGAGCUGUUCAAGAAGAUAAGCCAUUCAAUAUUCAGAGAUGGGCUCAUUCACAAGGAGGAGUUCCAGCUUGCUCUCUUCAGGAACAGCAACAAGAAGAACCUAUUCGCCAAUCGGAUAUUUGAUCUCUUUGAUCUGAAGCGCACCGGCGUUAUCGAUUUCGGGGAGUUUGUUCGAUCCCUCAGCAUUUUUCACCCGGAAACGCCUAUGGGAGACAAGAUUGCCUUUGCAUUUAGGUUGUAUGACCUGAGAGGAACUGGAUGCAUUGAACGUGAAGAGUUGCGCGAAAUGGUGCUUGCUAUUCUGAAUGAAUCAGAUCUAUUCCUGUCUGAAGAAUCAGUAGAGCAAAUUGUGGAUCAGACUUUCAAGCAAGCAGAUUUGAACGAUGAUGGGAAGAUCGACCCUGAUGAAUGGAAGGCGUUUGCGAAUAAGAACCCGGCAUUGCUGAAGAACAUGACCCUUCCAUACCUAAAGGACAUAACCAUGGUAUUCCCCAGUUUUGUUCUGCACUCUGAAGUUUGUGAGGAAGAGUUGUAGCAUCCAUGGUGCACUCCAUGCUCUUAUUUAUAUUUCUCACCAAGGAGCAUGGGAAAACCAUGGGAACAGAGCUAGCUACCUCAGCAUGUAAGCAUUCAGCAUAAGCAGCAGACUCCUCAGGGUUCAGACACAGCAGAGCUGCUGGCUGGAACAGGGGCAAAGUAUGCAGUGACACUGAAGCACUGAAGAACAGCGUGCAGGUUAAGGAUAUUAAUGUUUCAUCUGUUGAUUUGCUGAUCUUCAAGUGUCAUGGACAUAUCUGAGUGAAUGCAGAUGCAUUGCACUCUUAGAUAGGAGCUAUAAAAGACAGUGAUGUAAGGUGGACAUCAUCUUGAGACAGUGUUCGUAGUCUCGUAGAAGUAUUUGUUGCACAUGGAUAACAUAUCUUCUAAACAUUUCUAAGCUAU